AUGCGGCUUACCGAGACCCUGUUGGCGAUUGCCAUCGUUCUAGUCGCCAGCAGCAAUGUUGUCGCGGCUGCUUCCAAGAAGACUCCUGCUAAAAACGGUCUCUAUGCCGAGCUGUACAACGUCGAAGACGGCGUCAUCACAAACAAGAUGCGCGUACCUCUUGGCAACGCCAAGCAAUACCAGCAGAGUGACUUCAAGUCCUUGAAGACAACACUCGAGACGAACAAGGAAGAACGAGCUGCUGUUCAUCUUCCAAGAGGCUUCAAUUCGUUGAUCUCAGGCUUGGAGCGUUUUGUGGGCCUCAUCGGAAAACCCUUUAAAUGGAGCAGGGGCACGCGUCGACUGCGAGUUGAAGAUGCGUAAGACAUAACCAAUAGUCUGCGCUCAUUCUUUUCAAUCAACGCGGGAGGUAUCACAGGAAAACCUCAAGCCUUGGAAAAACAUUAUACGCUUUAAUAACUGUAAGGUUUGAUGCAGAGGUAUCACAUCCUGUCUACAUU